AUGUUGUUUUUUUUUAUGAACAUUAUCUUCUUUUUUCUUUUUUCUUUCUUUCUCUCUUUAUAAUAAAUAGUAUCAUGUCAAAUCCCUUUGAACCAAAUAAUCCAUGGCAAAAUAAUCCUCCACCAUCACAACCAACGGGUGGACCACGUUAUGGAAAUGCAUAUGAGAGUAAUCCACCUUAUGGAAAUGCAUAUGAUAAUAAUCCACCUCAUGGAAAUGCAUAUGAACAAUCAUCAGUGCCUAGAUUUAGUGCAACAGGAUAUAAUAACGCCUGGGGUGAAGAGUCGAAUAAGAUUCAAGAUGAAUCUAGUUCAUGGAAUUCACCUACUCCUCAACCAAUGUAUCCACCUCAAUCACCUUAUGCUACUCAUACAACUCCUCCUGCAACUAAUAAUGCUUAUCAGUUUUCCGGCACUUCAUAUGGUAAUCAGCCUCAAACCUUAGGUAAUGCUUAUAGUCCGCAAUCUUUACAUUCUUCUACACCACUACCACCUACAAAACCUGCAGAGCAAGUGGCAUCUGCUGGACCAGAACCUUGGAAUGGAGAAAUUUAUCAUACACCUAAUAAAUGGAGAUUUUGGUUCCGUUUUGGUAUCUUAUUAACCAGUAUAGGUCAUUUAGGAUUUGCUGCGGGUGCUCGACCUUAUUCUGGAGAAGACGUUCCAUUUUCAUCAUCCUCAUGCUUUUAUUAUUUAUUUGCUGUGGCAAUCAUGUCGAUUAUUUGGACUGUAUAUCUUAUUAUAUUCUACUUUUACAGAAGAAUGCUCAAGAAACCCAAGAUGAAUCGACCUAUCAUGUUUGGUAUUGAUUUAUUCUUAGCCAUUUUAUGGGGAAUAGGUAUUCUUGUAGAAAUUAUCAAGUUUCGAUGUACUUCAGGAGGCAAAUUUUGUGCAUUUUACAAUGUCAGUAUCUUUUGGGGAUUCCUCGCUUUUGUUGCUUAUAUUUUAGCUGUUAUUUGGGAUAUUUAUGGCGGUUGUUGUAGUAAUCGAAGAAAGAAUUAAUCCUGCAUGUAAAUAAUAUCGUACUUAAUAGUAUAUUUCUAUAAAAAUAAUAUAUAUAGUUUAAUGGAUAAAAGGAAAAAAAAAAAGUAAUUUUCGAUUAUUCAAAACAUAAAAAUAAGGUCUUUAAAGACUACGACCCAAUUGUUUAAUAAAGACAUGUAUUAUAUAUGUAUAUUUUAAGCAAG